CUUCUAUUUCUGGAAAUAACACAUCUCCGCCGCGACUAGAUCUUUGCAACGAUCCCAACAAUUCUUACUGUCAAUCCCAUAAUGUUUGUACUUCGGCUUCUCGGACCCAUUGUCUAAGAUAUUGGCAUUUAUAUUGUACACGUUUUCGUGUUCGCAGAAACACCAACAUUGGUAAACAACGAUUGGAGCGCGGAAGGGAACCUCAGUGUUUAUCCGAUUACCUCUUAUCAUUCCUCAAGGAUUUUAGUUCUAAUUUGUUUUUACACCGGUGUAAAUCGUCAAGGUCAGUAGAGUGGACUUCAUUUGAAUUUUGUUGAAGGAUUACAAUCGCCAUGUGUGUGCGACAUGAAGUACAGUUGUUCGUGAUUUUAUCUGUUUUUGUACAUCUAAGUGUUUGUGUAUGGCCUUGGCCAAAUUGGGGGGAUAAACCAAAACCUAUUGACGGAAACUGGAGCACUUGGUCAGCUUGGAGUUCUUGCAAAAUCCCAUCGGAUAGCAAUUUGCUGCCAUUUCGACACAAAGAAAGAGAUUGCACUAAUCCAAAACCGAAAAAUGGCGGAGCCGAUUGCGUAGGAGAAACGAGACGUACCUCGGGUUGCGACGAUUGUAAUAUUCCCCUUGGCAUGGAGAGUGGUCGAAUACAAGAUUCGUUCGUGACGGCUCUGGACUCCCACAAAGAUUUCCCUGCCUCGUCGGCCAGAUUGAACGGGAAAUUUGCUUGGUGUUCUGAUUAUCCCGAUAGCCUAUUGGAACCUUUGUACCUUCAAAUCGACAUGAAGAGAAUUACGACGAUCUCUGCAAUCGCAACACAAGGUUUCUACCCUCCAGUGGAAUUAAUGUCUCUUCGAAUGGGAAGAGUUAGCAAAUAUCAACUGAUGUACAGUAUGGACGGUGUUUCUUGGCAGCUUUAUAAAAACAGCGACAAUGCUACAAUUUUAUUUGGGAAUAAAAAACGAAACGGUACUGUGCUUAAUGUGCUUACACCGGAAAUCACCGCACGUUUUCUACGCGUGUACCCAUCCAGUUACUUUUCCUUCGUUUGCAUGAGGCUAGAAGUGUAUGGUUGUUCGUUCGGUUGUGGCGGCGCUUUGGCCCAAGAACCUGGAAACAUCGUGACAGAGGGUACGCCGACGGAAGAUCAAGAUUGUCUGUGGUCGGUGAUCUUACCAAACACUUCACAAAUACAUUUUGAUUUUAUUAAUUUCAACAUUCCUUGUAGUAAUGGAUUAGUGGAGUUCAGAGAUGGUGGAAUGCCUUAUGCAACUGCACCCUUAUUGGUCGAGUAUUGUGGUUACGAAAGCAGCCUUCCUCCCCCAGUCAGUUCUAACAGUAGUAGGUUAUGGGUACGAUACAAGUCUAAUUCCUCAGAUCCUCAGGUUGGCUUUUAUGCAGUGUAUUUCCCAGGUUGCGAGGAACAAUUACAAGGAAGUAAUGGUGAUGUCAAGUCACCUAAUUUUCCUAAAGAAUAUUUUCACAAUUCUAAAUGUACAUGGACCAUCUCUGUGCCGGAAGGAAAAUCUGUGAAAUUACUUUUUUUGGAUUUUAAAGUCGAGGGAGACCUAAAUAGGCAGAGAUGCCCCCAUGAUCAUCUGACAAUAUGGAAUGGCACUGAUUCGAAUGCAACAAUCAUUGGAAAGUUCUGCAAUAGCAAUCCACCCCCUUCAGUUAUCUGUAGCUCAGGGAAUACCCUUCGCCUGAAAUUCCACAGUGAUGAUGCAAUAGCUUGGACAGGAUUUCAUAUCAGGUAUCAAGCUGCUGAGCCGUCAGCAUAUUGUUCUGAAAUUUCUUCAUCUGUUGUCAUGCCAACAUCAUCGCGGUCAUCUAUGUCCCACAUGGCCCUCACUCGCACGCCAUAUUUAACCACACAGCAUGCAUUGUUUCCUGCAAGUGGUUAUCUUGCAGAGUUAACACCAACAUUUGUAAGCUUAUCAACCUCAAUGGCUUUAAAUGGAACAUUUGGCUUUUCUGGAACUACCAUAAUUGGAGAAAUGCAUGCUGCAGCAAGAGGCAAACAAGAUGAUGAAGAUGAGGAUGACAGCCUGUUGACUGUGGUUGUUCUUUCAGUGUUAGCUUUUCUUGUCAUUUGCAUGAUUUUGGCGAGUAUGGUGCCCUGUGCAAAACGUCACAUUGAAAAGCGAAAGCAGGAGAAAGAGAUGAACUUGGUGUUUGCUGCUAGUUCAAGUAUUCCUGAAACAAACAGCAAAGAGACAUUUGAAGUUGUAGACAACAAUACAUUGCCAGUCCCAGAGAUUGUAAUGUGUGAAGGAUCCUCCUGUGAGGAAAUCCUUCCCCUGGCUGGAGUAGCAGAGAGUGUCUCUCUCUAUGAAACUCCUACGGGGGAAGAAACUACUGCUAAAAUUGAUACAGGAGGAAGUAAGUUGACCUCUAAAGCAGGAGGUGGCAUAGAGCAGAUGGAAGAUGGACUGAAUGACUUAGGGGAUGAGUUUGAUGAGAACUCCUCCAUUAAUCUUGAUGGUGCUGAAACAGAGAUGGAUUGCUUAAAGAUGUCCUAUGAGGAUCUAAGCAGUAGUUUUGCCUCUGAAAUGCAAGCAAUGUUGAGUCAUUUUGUAGAAAGUGAUGAUCAACCAGCUCAGAAUGAAAGACAUUCAUCAAAUCCAAAAACUUCCUCCCAGGACUGUGAUCAUGAAACAGGAAAGACAAAUAUGAAUGGCAUGGAAGCUAAGGAUAUUGGUAACAUUCCUCACAGCACAAUUCAAGAUGAUAACAGGUCAAACCUAUCAACUGAGGAGGCACCUUCAUCCUCCAUCUCCAGUCAGGAGGAGGAAAGACAAAGCUUACUUAAUGGGGAUGAGGCAGCUGAUGAAAAUGAAACAUGGGAAAUGCAGCCUAUUCAUACCGAUGGUCACAGUUGGAGGAAAGCAGCCAAAGAUGGAGUUUCAGUAUCCUGCAAAGACAAGAAAGACUCUGGCUGUGCUUCAAGCAGUGAGAACUUGCAUUCUGUUGAAAGAUGUCUCCUUGAUGCUGGUGAUACAGAGACUAUUGUUUAGAGUAAGUGCAGGUACCAUAAAUUAAAAGCUAUGGUAAAGAUGGUAAACAUUUAGAACUGUGGGUUCUAAUAUGUUUUCCUAGUUACCAACUAGAGCAUACCAGGUGAAGAUACAUCUUUUUAGUUAAUAAUGGGAUGUUGGCAAUAUGCUGUUCAGGAUUACAUGCUAUUUAAAUCUAGUGAUUAACCUUUUCACUCCUUUUUAUGAGAGAAAAUUUAACUCACAAGUGUUAAGAGAAUUAACAAAAUCAUCAACUGGGGAACAUAACAUUGAAAAGUCAAAGCAGAGUUGCUGGGUUAAUUACCCAGCAAUUUUAAAGGUGCUCUGUAAUAUCAAAGUUGUACAAUUCAUCCAAAGACUAGAAUUAGUCACCUACGAAGUGCUCUGUUAUUAAUAGAGUUUUGUCCAUGUUACAGCAUAUUCUCAGCACUACUAAAAAUGAACUGUAAGGAUUUACAGUCAAGUGAGUUAGUUUUCAGACCUUUGGAAUGAAAGGGUCAAGAUUUAAUGUAGAGGCUGAAGAGACAAAUUGGGACAGAUUUGAACACUGAUCUUUUAACUGGUGGGAUAUAGUUAUGUUUAAAAAUUUACUCCAGUUUUAUUAUAGGCAUUAACAAAAAUAUUUAUUAGUUAAAAAUUUAGUUUUUGGUAAUUUGUUUUGGCAUAUUGUUAAGUUUGGGAGAGUUCUAAAAGAUUUUGUUUAAAUUUAAAUGUAAAAAGAAAUUAAGGAGAUGUGAGCUUGCCAGGAAUGUUAUUUAUAUCAUGAAAGGGUUUAAGUUAUCAAUAUUUCAUAAACAGGCAAAUUUAAGGAGUGAGUGUUUGAUUUAAGGGGGCAAAUAUGCUGCAGGCAUUUCACAUAUACUCUACUAAAAAUGCUGUUAUGGAAAACAAGUAAAAUUUCUCAUAUUCUCAUAUCAUUUACUCUUUAACUCUCAUGAUUGAUCAAAACAGAAUUUCUCCUUGCAAUAUCAAUACAAUAUCAAGUAGAUAAGUGAUGAGAAUAAAAAAAAAUAUCAAUUUGGGGAUAUUUAGUUGACCUAGUGCUAAAAUUCUCUGAACUAACAUAAAAAUUGUAUGGUUGGCAGUAAGGAGGAUGACAAAUUUGAUCUGGGAGUUUAAGGGUCAAUACCAUUGAUUG